AUGACACACUCUCAAAGUCAGACCUUUUCAACUGAAAAAACCAAAACUAUAAUUGUGGCGAAGAAGGUAUUCCAAGAGAACGAUUGUAUCAGAAAUGAGGAGUUCUUCGAGUUUAUUAAAUCCCAUUUUGAUAUCAAUAGAGACAUUCACUUCAUUGAUUCCAAGAAGAGGGAGGAAUUCUACAAUGAGCACUUAAAGCGAGAAGGUCCAUCCAAUGCAAAAACUAUUCAGCUGAAAAAAUGGUCUGAUGUGAUCGACUUGAUAAAAACACUCAAAUAUCUGAAACUGAAUAAGUGCUUCAAAGACAUUGUGGAGUAUGCAUAUCCCAUCUUUGCAAAACUGGAAAAGAAAUCAUCAAGUGACCUGCAUGCAGCUGUUACACACUGUCAAAUCAACUGUCUCGCUCGAAAAGUAACCUGGAUUCUGGAAUUCAUUGAGAAGCAGAAAUUGCGCCUUCGGAUGGGUAUUGUGGAUAUUCCUAGAAUAGAAUACGGUGUGAACAGAGUGGCGGCGGAGUCGAAACAAAUGGGAACAAGCGAGAAGAAACAAGGAGCUAAGAAUAAUACGAAAAAGAAUAAUAAACCGCCGAAAAAGAAGUGA